GCAAACAGCAAGAGCGUAUCGACGCUAGCCGGUUUGAAAAUAAAUAAUGUAGAAUAAUAUUACGUAAUGUCAAAUACACAUAUACACAUAUAUACAGGCAAAUCAGAUUGCCUAGAGGCAAGGCCUACUUACUGGUAUGGACAUAAAUACAUACUACGCAUAAUUAUUUAUAAACAAUUACCAGAUUAUUAUUACAUAUGUACAUAUAAUCCAAUCUCAAGCUGAUUAAGUAUCAGUUUAUUUGCAUGGAUGGACUCCAUCCCACCGAUAGCGUGGAGAGUCCAACUUAUCAGUGGGAAAGUGCGAUUAAGAAAUAUAAAGAAAAUAAAUUGUAAUCAAAACAAUUAAAAUCAAAACAAGCAGUGUACAACUAACUACUAAACAACCAAGAUACUGACAAUAAAAACAAUAGAAAAACGCCAAACAAUGUUUAGUAUCAAAUCGAAAGGCUAACGAAAAAGGCAAAGAGCAGUGGCCAAAGGCUUCGGUAAUCUUUGCCGGAAUCAAGUACACGAAGCAUAAACUUGUAUUAGUGUCUUAAUGACCAUUAUGUAGUACGUUUCCACUGCCUGUCCAUUAAAAUUAAUAGUUAUUAAAAAGAUUGCCCACAAAAUGUUUGCAAGCAAGUACAUCUGCAACUCGAAUGUAUCGGAGUUACUGCCACUGUUUUUCAUAAUAUUUCUGCUCGGAGGACUGACGAAAUUGGUAGCUGGUCACAAGCUGACGGCUUUGCUUAUAACAAACCAUAAUUAUCCGGUGGAAGAGCACACAGUACACACGCCAGAUGACUACAUCCUGACCAUUUACCGCAUACCCACAUCACCAAAGCAUCAGCAGUCAAAUGACUCUCUUAAAAGACCUGUUGUUUUUCUGCAACAUGGCAUCCUAUGCGCUUCCGACGACUGGAUUAUCAAUGGACCAGAAACGUCUCUGGCGUACAUGUUUGCUGACGCCGGCUAUGACGUAUGGCUGGGAAACGCUCGGGGCAACACAUACUCUCGCCAGCACAAGCACAUCCACCCGGAUACAUCAGAUUUCUGGCGUUUCAGCUGGCAUGAAAUUGGGGUCUAUGACCUAGCGGCCAUGUUGGACUAUGCAUUGGAGGAGAGCAACUCCAGCUCACUGCACUUUGUGGCACACUCGCAGGGCACCACCACGUUUUUCGUUUUGAUGUCUACUCUACCUCUGUAUAACGAGAAAUUGGGCCGCAUCUUCCUGGGCUCACCCUCCUUUCUAAGCUCAGUGCUUGGAAGCAUGGAGCUGCUACCCAUUACAGGCGUGCAGAAGCUGAUGUGUGAGCAUGUCUGCUCUGAGGGAUCAAUGUUUCAGUUUCUGUGCUCAGGGCUACUGGACUUUAUCGGAGGCUGGGGCACUCAGCAUCUAAACCAGACAUUGCUUACAGACGUCUGUGCCACCCACCCGGCUGGGGCAUCUACCAGUCAGAUUAUCCACUAUCUGCAGCUUUACACCUCAGGCGAUUUUCGGCAGUACGACUACGGACGUGAGCAAAAUGAAAUAAUCUACCAGCAGGCUACGCCACCUUCCUAUAAUGUUCAAAACAUCAAAAGUUGCGUCGACAUGUAUUACAGCGACAAUGACUAUAUGUCAGCGGUGGAGGACGUGGAGUUCCUAGCCACAUUGUUACCCUGCGCCGAACUUUAUCGAAUUCCGUACUCCGACUGGAACCAUUACGACUUUCUUUGGUCAUCCAAUGUGAAAGAGGUGAUUAAUAAUAAGAUAAUAGAAAAAAUGCUUCGAUACGACUUGGAACAUGCCUUGGACGAAAGUUUCUAAGAUGUUUGAACUCUUAGUCACGUCCAUUCAAACGGAACUAAACAUUUUAGCGAUAUAUGAAGAAUGGGAAUACUUCUGCUUGUAGUACCAUCCUGCACGUGAUAUUAUAUGUGGUCAAUAGUCAUAAGUCAGGGAAAUAUAACUUACACGGCGCAGAACGAACAACCCGUUAAGGUUAGCAAAAAAAAAGGGCGAGGGCGUCAUGGGAUAAUUCAGGUAAAGGUUCGUCAGCACUAUUCGUCUGCAUAUACAUAUGUAACAGCCCGCUUUACACCGCUGAAGCGAAAGCGGGAUAUCGACGGCGGCUGACCGCGGAUUUUGAAGGCCGAGCUCUGGAGCGCGGGAGCACACGAAAGAGAGAGCGCGGAAGCGCAAUAGGGGCGAGAGCGGACGAGCUCGAAAAG